CACGCCGGUUGCAUCGUUGUACUCGAGUUGACGUGCUUUAGCAAAAUUUGUUGACAUGCUCCUAAGACGGCGCGGACGAGACUUCAGAAGUAUCUAGAAAGUCGUCGCAGGGAGCCGGCGAGUUAUUUUUGGCUGCUUAUUGGGGAGCGAACUUGUAGUGUGAGCUGACGGCAAAGUACGCUCAGCACGCGUUCCUGAGAUCAUUGGAGAAACGAUGACCACGGAUGCAUCGGAACAGAGCUCUUCUUCGAGCCCCGCACAGGCUGUAAAGCAAGAGGGCAAUGAUUUGUUCAAGGCUGGAGAUUUUGCAGGCGCCCUGGAGAAGUACACGAAAGCAUUGUCGAUCGUGGACAGCGGGGAGAAAGCCGUCUUGCUGAACAAUAGAGCCGCGGCUAACUUGAAGCUACAUAGAUACGAACAAGCCCUAAAGGACGCUUCAGAAGUUCUGGAACUUAACCAAUCGGACGUGAAGGCACUUUUUCGGCGGAGUCAAGCUUACGAGGCUCUUGGAAAAGUGGACGAAGCUUUCAAAGAUGCCCGUAAAAUUCUCCAAAUUGAUCCGAAAAACAGCGCUGUCCAGCAGUGCCUCCGCCGUCUUAGUCAAGCCAUUGAUAAAAUCGCAAGAGAAAACGCAAGCACCACCAACAAGGUGACACAAAUGAUUGGCGUUAUUGAGAACAACAGCUCCUCGCUUGAACUCAAGAACCAGGCUGCGAACAACCUAGUUGUUAUAGCUAGGGAAAAGGCUGGUGCAGAGGCCAUUAUCCAUGCCAACAGUAUCACGAAAUGCCUGAGCGCAAUGCGUUCGUUAAAGAAUGCGGAGUUUUCCUUGUCUUGCAUACGAAUAUUCAGCGAGCUGAGUAAGAAGAAGCUGGAGUGGGCUUUGAAAGUGUUGAACGAGUUCGGACUUGCCGCAAUGAUUGACCAGUUCGUCAGCAAAGACGAGCAGCACAUCACAGCGGUGCAGUACCUUUUCCAGGCUAUCAUCAAUACUCUCAGUGGGAUGGACUCUAAGGAGUCAAAAAAGCCAGAUCAACAAAUGAUGAAAGAUAACGAAGCACACAUUGAUGCAAUCAUGCUUGCACUGGUGAAAAGUUCCUCCAGUCGUGUCAUGACAGCUCAAGGCCGUGACGCCAUCUUGGAGCUUAUCACAAAAAAUGUUGACUAUGAUUGCCUCAACUGGGGCAUGAAGUUGGUUGAUGCGGAUGGCCUUAGGGAAUUGCUGGAAGUUGCGAGUGAGCUCGAGGACAUCAAGUACGAAAGCAGCAUGGAUAUAAGUCCAAACACGAGACCGAACUGCUCAGUUGCAUUUGAAAGGAUAUACUUUUGUAUGGACCACGACAAAGCAAAAGAGAAGUACAGGGAAAAAGUGAUGGAAUACGUCAAUUCGAAACUGGGAGAUGCCGAGAUUGAAAGCAAGGUUCGUGUUACAGCUGCAAUCACUACAUUGCUUCUGGGUCCACUAGACGUUGGCAACAAUUGCCUCGCUUCACCAGGGGUUGUUGAGAUGAUGCUUGCCAUGGCCGGCUCUGAAGAAGAACUGCAGCAGAGAGUAGCUGCUGAAGCCAUCAUUGCUGCAGCGUCCAAAAAGGACAAGUGCACAAGCAUCAUAUCCACUGGACUGGGCAUUCUCAAAAAACUGUACAAGUCUGAGAACGACAACAUCAAAGUUCGCGCACUUGUCGGGCUGUGCAAGCUUGGCUCCUUUGGUGGCACCGACAGCAGUUUGCGUCCUUUCUCUGACGGAACCACUCUGAAGCUCGUGGGCACGUGUAGAAACUUCCUUAUCAACCCAAAGAAAGACAAGGAUCUCAGAAAGUGGGCAGCUGAGGGUCUGGCCUACCUUACUCUUGAUGCUGAAGUGAAAGAAGACCUCAUUGGUGACAAGGCUGCCAUCCACGCUCUCAUCGACCUGGCAAAGACCGAACAAAAGUCUGUCCUCUACGGCGUUCUCACAACAUUGGUCAACCUCACAAACAGCUAUGAGAAGCAGGAAAUCAUACCAGAGCUCAAGGAACUUGCCAAGUUUGCCAAGCAGCAUGUACCUGAAGAGCAUGUAUACGACUCCAAGGAGCAUGUCGACAAACGAACAAAAAUUCUUGCCGAGUCGGGUGUCACUGUGGCACUCGUGGCCCUGUCAUCGACAGAAAGCAAGAACAGUCGGGAAAUGAUUGCCAGAGUAUUCAAUGCAAUAUGUGAGCAUCAGGAGCUCCGUGGCCACGUUGUUCAGCAAGGCGGAGCAAAGGUGCUGCUCAAGCUUGCUCUGGAAAACACACCCAAUGGAAAGAUGAUAGCAGCACAGGCCUUGGCUCGGCUCGGAAUCACCAUCAAUCCUGAGGUUGCUUUCCCUGGUCAGAGGGCUCUCGAGGUGGUCCGGCCCCUUUUGUCCCUGCUUCACCCAGAUUGCUCUGCGCUGCAGGGCUUUGAAGCACUGAUGGCACUCACGAAUCUUGCUACAGUCAGUGAGAGUGUCAGGACCCGCAUGAUCAAGGAUGGAGGCAUCACCACGAUAGAGAACUAUUGUUACGAAGAUCAUGUCAUGCUCAAACGGGCUGCCACCCAGUGCAUCCUGAACUUGAUGCAAAGUGAAGAGGUGGUCGCAAUAUACGAGAAAGGUGAUCGGGUGAAGUACCUCACGUUGUGCCUGGAGGAUGAAGACUAUGACACGGCAUUAGCUGCUGCUGGAGCAUUAGCCAUGCUUACAUCAGUCAGCACUGAAGCCUGUCGUAAAGUGGUGGAGGUUAAGGACUGGGAGGACAUAUUUGGUGGCCUGGCGGCUCACCAGAACGAGGGCCUCCAGCACCGUGGCAUCUGCAUCCUGCACAACCUGGUGCAUUCCACGCGAGAGGUGGCAGAGAAGCUGGUCGACACUAAGGUACUGGAAGUCCUGCUCGCAGUCAGCCAGAUUGAAGGAACGGCCAGCAGCGAGACGGUGAAGAAGCUGGCGCAGGAAACGCUCAAGAAGGCUGAGGAGUGGAAACUCAUAGAGAAGUCCGAACAGCCCGCCGAAGGCGACGACGUCCAGUAAAAUGUUUCACGAUUUCGACGACAUGUGGAAGACGUCGAAGACUGGAGAGAAUAAACUCAUUUUGUACGUAACUUUACAAA